GGCGUCUGGGAAUACAGACGGGGCUUGCUGCUUGGCAUUGUGGGAGAUGUAGUCCAUCCUGCCUUCCUUUUUCCGUGGUUACACAGUAAAAAGUGAAGUCCUUAAACUUCGAUUCCCAGGAUGUGUGGGAUUUCCCAGGCUGCUUUGCGAAAGCAUGGCGGGCAAGAUGUGAAUGUCAAUAGUAAGGUACAUUUUAAAUUUAAAAGGACAUAUUAAUUCAAGAGGAAAAAAAGGACAACAAGGUGUGCGUAACCUCUCUUGUAGAUUUUUUUCAUCUUGAUAUCCACCUAACACACUGUGUGAUGUAAAUGAGUUGAUUUCAUGGUUUGUCCGCUUGAGUGUGUGGAUUACUAAGCUUUAGAAGUUGCAAUCCCGAAGCCUCAUAGUUUUUGUGAACAUGAUUUGUGCUUUUCUACGAGUUGUGCAGCAUAUGGAGAAGCUGCCCGGAUCCUGGGGCAGGCAAUUGUUGCCACACUCUAUGCUCACCAAAGCUUCCUUGAAGACGCAGCCUUUGAGAUGGGGGCUGCUAGAGCAGAAGAAAACAGUGCAUCCUAGAACUGUUUUGGGGUUCACCCAGAAAACCUUCUGGACACAAGGACCGGACCCCCAGAAAGCAAAGGAGGACAGCAGCAAGCAAGUCUCUGUUACCAGAAAUCAGAGAGGGGAAACUAGCGUCUCGACGUCUCAGAAAGUGAAAGAAGCUGGAAGAGACUUCACCUACUUGGUAGUGGUGCUCUUCGGAGUCAGCAUUACAGGUGGCUUGUUCUACACGAUUUUCAAAGAGCUGUUUUCUUCAUCCAGUCCUAAUAUCAUAUAUGGGAAAGCCUUAGAAAAAUGCAGAACACAUCCUGAGGUGAUCAGUGUGUUUGGGGAGCCUGUUAAAGGCUACGGGGAAAUGUCGAGACGUGGGCGGAGACAGCAUGUCAGUUUUAUUGAAUAUGCAAAAAAUGGGCUAAAGCGCAUCCGUGUGAAAUUCUACAUUGAGGGCUCUGAACCAGGGAAGCAAGGAACAGUGCAUGCUGAAGUGGAAGAGGGAGGUAAGUGGUGGCACAUGAGAACGUUACGGACAGAAAACAACCGGUUUCCAUGGCCAGUGACCCCAUGGACUUGCCUAGUGGGGCUCCUCAACAGUUACCCAUCUGAACCCACAGAGUGGCCGGUUUGAAUUUCGAUACGUAUUUGUGGAAGUGGCUCCUACUAGAUCUAUUGUUGUUGAAGAUAAUCGUUCCCAAGAGAGUUAAGAGAAUCAAGCCAGCCUGCUGCUUCUUGCAGGGAAUAAAGGGAUUCAUCGCCACUGUGAUCUUACAACUCUUUCAGAAUCUGUUCAGAAAAACAAGAAUAAAAAGUAUGUCACAUAGAAA